UCCCAACCGGUGGUACGCGUACCACUAGUGGUACGCGGGAGCUUUUCAGGUGGUACGCGUGCAGCUUUCUGUUGUAUUCGAUAUAUAUGACAUCACAAUCAUGUUAUUUAUUGACGCUUUUGCAAGAGUUCUUGUUAGAAUAGCCAACUCGUCGCCUGUGAUUGCUUUGCCAAAGUUUUGGCUAAGUAUUUUAAAAUGUCGAAGCGAAAGUAUAGUGAAAAUUAUAUUGAGUAUGGCUUCAUUGCUAUUGAACAUCGAGGAGAUAUCUUACCUCAGUGCGUGAUCUGUAUGAAAACCCUUUCAAAUGCAGCUUUGAAACCAAGUUUGCUUAAGCGACACCUUGAAACCAAUCAUACAGAUAAGAUGAACCGAGAUAAGAGUUAUUUUGAGCGACUUGGGGAGAACGUGAAGAGACAGCGCAUGGAUCACACAGGCCAGUUUUACCAAAAGAAUGCGGGGAUUGUAAAGGCAUCCUACGAAGUAUCUCUUCUGGUGGCCCAACACAAAAAAGCUCAUGUCAUUGCAGAGUCUCUUAUUUUGCCUGCAGCUAAGAUAUUAGUCAGAAAUUUGAUUGGAGAAGAGUCAGCGGCAAAGUUGGAUAGUGUAUCGCUUUCUAACAAUACCGUGAAACGACGCAUCGAGGAAAUGUCAGUUGAUAUUACUGACCAGGUGAUUGCAGGAGUAAGAAAUUCGAAGUUUGGAUUUGCCUUACAACUUGAUGAAUCGACAGAUGUCACAAACUGCUGCCAACUGCUUGCCUACGUCCGCUUUAUUCAGAACGAUACUGUAAAAACGGAAUUAAUGUUGAAUCAUGAGCUGUCUACUACAUCAAAAGGGAAAGAUAUUUUCAACUCUUUGGAUAAUUUUUUCAAGGAAAAUGAAUUAGAUUGGGGAAAUCUUGUCGGAUGUACCACGGAUGGGGCUCCCUCCAUGCUCGGCAGAAAAUCUGGAUUUCAAGCCCUUGUCAAAGCAGUGUCACCUCGCGUCAAAGACCAUGACUUUCAAAACGACCUGCAGGAUGAGGAUUUUAUUGCGAAGUUGGCUUAUUUGUCAGAUAUAUUUGAAACAUUCAAUCACUUAAAUUUGUCAUUUCAAGGGAAAAACUGCACAGUCGCAGACUUUGUUUCAAAACUGGGAGCCUUUAUCAGAAAGCUGAAUUUAUGGAGAAAAAUGUGGAAAACAAGCGCUAUGCAUUACUUUCCAGAUACCUCAUGCUGCCCAUACGUCACAGAUCCUUUCUCAGUGGACCCAGCCGACCUACUUGUUGGUACAGGGGAACAAGAGGAACUGAUAGACAUACAGGAGGAUCUGGAAGCAAAAAAACAAUGCAAAGAAUAUUCUGCAAUAAACUUUUGGCUUAGUAUGGCUUCUUCAUACCCAACGCUAGCUUCUCACGCUAUUCCACAACUACUGAUUUUUCCUUCUACUUGGGAAUGUGAGCAGGGAUUUUCUAUUCUUAUGAACAUCAAAUCAAAAAAUCGAAACCGACUAAGUGCCCCCGGACAUGACUUCAGAUGUGCUAUUAGCAACGUUAUGCCGCGCAUCGAUCAACUGGCGCAAGACAAACAAAAACAAAAAUCCCAUUAA